CACCUCUGGGUUUCUCUCCCCAGAGCCUCCCUUUCAGGAUGAUGGGUCCAGCAGCACCGGCAGGGACCCUCGGGRCACGUGGCUGCUGACCAAAGGGUGCUGGCGUGCCCCACUGCCGAUGCAGAGCUCYCGGGAGCGCAGGGCAGAGCUCAUGGCAGCCCCUUCCCGCCGCGGCCCAGCCCGGCUGCAUGGUGUGGGUGCCCCUGAGCCCCACAAGCAGUAACCACCGGGCCCCUCUGCWCGCUCCCAGCACCACCACCAUGUCUUUGGAGUGGCUGAUUGACUGGAGCUGGUCCCUGGACGGACUCCGCGAUUUCAUCGCCACCGGCAUCCAGUCUUUCCGCGACUGCGACGCCACGGCCCUGGUGGCCGUCGCCUGCCUGCUGCUCCUGUUUGUAUGGUACUGCUACCACGUGGGGCGGGAGCAGCCCCGCGCCUACGCCACGGUGAACGCGCUGAUGCAGAGCGCCGAGGCCAACGGGGUGCAGAACGGCUUCGUGUACUGCCAGUCGCCCGAGUGCGUGCGCUGCUCGCACCACGACGGCCUCAACCAGAAACUCUACCACAACCUGCAGGAGUACGCCAAGCGCUACUCCUGGUCGGGCAUGGGCAGGAUCCACAAGGGCAUCCGCGAGCAGGGCCGCUACCUCAACAGCCGGCCCUCCAUCCAGAAGCCAGAAGUUUUCUUCCUGCCCGACUUGCCGACCACGCCCUACUUCUCCCGGGACGCUCAAAAGCAUGAUGUGGAGUUGCUGGAGCGCAACUUCCAGACCAUCCUGUGCGAGUUUGAGACCCUGUACAAGGCCUUCUCAAACUGCAGCCUCCCGCAAGGAUGGAAAAUGAACAGCACGCCCAGCGGGGAGUGGUUCACCUUCUACCUGGUGAACCAGGGCAUGUGCGUGCCCAGGAACUGCCGGAGAUGCCCACGGACGUACCGCUUGCUCGGGAGCCUCCGCACCUGCAUUGGCAACAAUGUCUUUGGGAACGCCUGCAUCUCUGUGCUGAGCCCGGGCACCGUCAUCGCCGAGCACUACGGGCCCACCAACAUCCGCAUCCGCUGCCACCUCGGUCUGAAGACACCCAGCAACUGCGAGCUGGUGGUGGGGGGYGAGCCCCAGUGCUGGGCUGAGGGCCGCUGCCUGCUCUUUGAUGACUCCUUCCUGCACACGGCGUUCCACGAAGGUGCCCCGGAGGAAGGUCCCCGCGUGGUGUUCAUGGUGGACCUGUGGCACCCCAACGUGGCGGCGGCCGAGCGCCAAGCCCUCGACUUCAUCUUCGCGCCGGGCCGAUGACGGCGCCGCCGGGCCUGCUGGGUUCAGGGCGGCUCGGCCGGGGCUUCUCCCGGCACACGGCCUCGGUGCUCCCUCCCGGGGGUUUGUAAAUGGAAACCGCGACCCCAUCUCCUUCCUCCAUCGUUGGCUUCUGGGAUUCUUUUCCAAGCGCCGGGGCCUCGGCCCAGCCGGGGCUCGCCACCCCCCUGCUCCUUCGUGUUCUGUUGCUACUGUGUUUUGCGGUGUUCAGAAGUAGAGUAACCAGCCCAAGGGUGUUCGUUUGAAUGUAAUAAUGUAAAAAUUCUCGUGGCCAUCAAAGGAACAGUACACACACACACACACACACACACACACACCAUAACAGCCAACCAGCCUGCCCUGCCUGGCUGCAGUCCCGGAUGGAUGGACAGAUGGACACCGGGGGCUGCGAAGGGCAUUGUGCUCCCCCCAGGCUGGGUCUGAUGGGCAGGGCAUGGCUCUGACCACAAAGAGCCUUCCUGGGGCUCCUGUUUCCUCCUCGGUGUGCCAGCUGGGGGUCCCCAGCCCUGCCACCCUCAGAAACCCCUUUGGUCACCAGGCAGGGAGCAGAGCCCACCGCCAGCCCAGCAUGKCAGGAGCCCUGACCUCCACCUUCUGAGGGAACAGCACACACAGCCGUGCUCUUCAGCCUGACCAAGGUGCAUCAGCAAUUGCCCAAAUCCCCUCCUUGCUCUCUUUGCARCCCUCAGUUUUCCCAGCUCCAGCUGGGAAGCCCUGCAGGGGCAGGAUGCUGUUUGGGGACAGAGAAUGGGGGUUUUGUCUGUCCGUAGGAAGAAAGGAGGUCACCAUUCCUUCUACUGCUUCAUCUUCUCCUUUCCUCGAGCCAGGGCAGGCACACGCAGCGGCAGCUCCCAUGGACCUGACACCACAGGAGAGGCUCCCAAGRGGGGUUAAUUCUGCAGCCUGAGCAAUGAGCCCCUACCCUGGGGUCCUGCCCACCACGCUUUUCCUGAAAUCCCCCAGUACCAGGGUCUAUUUAAGGUCUGGGGGCCGGUUUGUAACACCCCCACCGAAGCACAGCGCGUGGUGGAUGCUCACAGCAUCCGUGCCCUGCCCGGGAGGGACCAGCCCCGUCCCCCAACAACUUCUUUACAGACUUUUCWGUGAUCCAAUCGCAAGACGAGGCAGAGAUUUCAAAUACAUCUGAGAUAUUUUUUACACCCGUCUUGUUACAGACUACCUGAAGUGCAUGAUUUCUACACGCAUUGGCUACCUGGACACAGGCCCUGGGGAAGCAGGCUGGCUCUGUCCAAAGGUUGGUAACAUUCAUACAGUGGAUAAGCAAAGAUUAUCAAUAAACAGUUGUGCUGAAA